AUUUCCAGUGUUCUCGAUAUGUUGAAGACGAAUUCCCGCAACCUCGCGGCGUCAAAAAGUCCACAACGUCGAAAUAUUUACUGGGAGGAGGGGUCUUAGCAUUUGUCAUAGCUAUAAUCUGGUUUCCGCUCGUUUUCUUUGCCUUUGGAAAUUCCGUCGGUGAGCCCAAUCCGCCCACAGAUGUAACUGUCAAAAUACGCAUUGGACCUUUCCUGCCUGUUUAUCAAAUGUCGGCGCAAUCACAUAAUAUUGAUGUUUUCACGGAGCAGGACUACACGCAGCUGAGCAACAUGUACGCGCGCGACCGCACCGCGCAGACGUUCCUCUCGAACUACAUGUACAACGACGUGGCGGUCGUCACCAUCAACCCCAACUCCACCGCCGUGUGGAACAUCUCGCCGCCGGAGCUCGACCGGCUCGAGCGGGAGGCGCUCUCCAAUGCAUCACUUUCCGUGAAAUUCACAUACGUUAUAACACAUCCGAGUAAUAAUCCGCAAAAUCCGCCAACCAUAGAGAAUAAUCGAGAAGUACCGCUGGAGGCAUUCAUUAAUGGAAAGAGAAAUCCCGAAAGAGAUACUUUACUUAAUUUAUUGGCAGGCACGGCGCGUCCGGACGUUUGGUUGAACGUUAAACAUCUAUUCCCAAAGUUCGUAAAAGUGUUUAAUAAAGGAACUACAAAAGCCGCUUUUCAAUUGAUGCCUCCUGGUCCUGAUGGAUAUGAUGAAGCGAAGUCUUAUAGAGACGUAAAAUUACGAUUAGAAAGAGACAGAAAUUCUAGCUACUGGAGAGUCCACGAAUCAUGCGACGAAAGGGAUCCGCUCGCACCGAUACCGAUGAACAACUGCGACAUGCUGGUCAUGUACACGUUCAACGAUAAACUGUUUCCAGAAACGCUUAACUUCAUAUCAGGAGGCGGUAUCAUCGGUCUGUACACGACAUUUGUGUUCCUGGCGUCCCGUGUCCUGCGCGGCUUCUUCUCUGGCAUCUACACAAAGAUCAUGUUCGACGAUCUGCCCAAUGUGGAUCGGGUGCUACAACUCUGCCUCGACAUAUACUUGGUUCGCGAAGCACUCGAGUUGACAUUGGAAGAGGACCUCUUCGCCAAAUUAGUGUUCUUGUAUCGAUCUCCUGAAACUAUGAUAAAAUGGAGUCGACCUAAGGAAGAAGAUAGUCAGGAACAAAGAGCUCUUCCCGCCCCACAGUAAUUUUACCAAAAGAUGACUAAGAGCAAAAUAUUAAUAAAUUCUAUAUUUGUAAUACUUAUCAAACGUCCCACUGUGUGCAUAAAUGAAAUGGAUCAUUCUUGUUAUUGACAUGAACAAAUUAUGUAUAGUUUUCACAUGAAUUUAACAUCACUAAAGGCUAUACAUUCAGACUACAAUAAUAUGACCGUUCAAUCGUCUUCUGUAUGUUCCAAAGAACACAUUUGAUAUUUUUAUAGAUUUUUAGGAUAAUUUUUAACUUCUACACACCUAACACGGUGCAGUUGGCAGUUAGCGUCUGAAUCGUACUGCCUAAAUAAUAACAUAAUAACGUCCUUUGUUUUAUUUAUUCAUAUCAAUCAAAUAUAAUUAAAGUAAAAAGCGUUGUACAGCAAUGAAAUAUUUAUUGGUGCUUCUUUCUUUACAAAAUAUUUAAUGCUACAUGCAAAUAUAAAAAAAGUUAUUGUUCAUUUACUUUACUUUCAUACUCGUUAUAAGACAACACAAGUUUUAGCACUUUCAUAUAGUACUUAAUUUAGCUUCUUAGAAGUACACGCUCUCUUUAAACAUACCUUAUAUAUUUUAAGAAUUAUCACUGACUUUUAAGAUUCUAUCUGCGAUUAUUCGUUACAUUGUAAAUAAUCUUUUAUAGCUGCCUUUUAAAAAAUAACUCAAUAUGUGAUGUCAGAUAACAUAAAAUACUAAAUAUUGUUAUACAAAUUCUACAUAUAUGUAUGUAUAUUCGUUUUGUUGCAUCAAUUGUAAUUUAUUAUGUUAAAUUUUUAAUGUUAUCAUGAUUUUCUUAUGAAACAGCUACCUUACCAAACUUUACCUCACAUAUUUAGUAGGUAUUUAUGAAAUGUUAAUGAUAUGAAAUGUUUAUUAAUUUUGCAAGUCAUAAAUUUACCAGUACAAGAGGCAUGAAUGUACAUUUUUUAUUGUAACUGUUGUAUUUAAGCUGCAUUUAAUGUUGUGGUUUGUGAUAAUAAAAGUUCUUUAAAAUGUUA